AUGGCAGACAACGGGCAGUUCGUGGUCACCAUUGGUCUGACGAACAUCAACACCACGAGGCAAGAUCCCAUCAAUGUCGUGUCCAGCAGAAAUUUGUCACCCUCUAGCCAUGUAUCCAGCUCCAGCAACAAUGAUGAUUUUGAGCUAUUGUGGAGACAUCGUAAAUAUUCGGUACUUCUUGGAGUCCUAGCAGUUGGUGUGACAUACAAUGCUGGAUUAACACCACCAGGGGCAUCGUGGACACUAAACAAGGAUGAUCAUCAUGCUGGUGACCCUGUCAUGCAUGAUGGCUUUUCUGAACGAUAUGAGGUGUUCUUUUACUGCAAUGCAGCAACCUUCGCUGCAUCUCUUGUCUUAAUCAUCUUGCUUCUCAGUAAGAGUGUGACAAGGAAGAGGAUGUGGCUCCACUCAAUGCAAUUAACCAUGAUAUUAGACCUAUUCAGCCUGCUGGGGGCUUAUGCUGCCGGAAGUUUCAGGGCACUCAAAUCAUCCAUUUACAUCUGGGUUCUAGUCCUUGCUGUUAUCAUAUAUGUUGGGAUCCAUACCCUAGUAUCCACAAGGUUUAUUCCAAGAAAAUUGAGACGGAAUCUGCAGAACAUGAUAAAUACAGUUCUAAUCAAACAGGGUUUCCUUGUGAGGCAAGUGAGCAUCCCUUUAGAGAACGUUGAGGAGGCUCGCAAGUUCAUUUUGAUGCUUGUAACUUUUGCUGCUACUAUCACAUACCAAGCAGGAUUGAAUCCACCGGGCGGCUUUUGGGCUGAAAAUGACCAUGGUUCUAAUAAGCUGCAUUUGGCCCUUCCUGUUUACAGUCAUCAUCCGGCUACUUCUGUUCUCCGGAGUAACUACCUUCGUCGUUACAAUAUAUUUAUCACUUCCAAUUCAACUUCCUUCGUGACAUCUUUGGUCAUAAUCAUACUACUUCUGAGCCCAAAAUUGAGUGGACAUGGAAUAAGGACCAAAGCAAUGAUUGUAUGUGUGGUAGUGGACCUAUUGUGCCUAAUUGUUGCAUAUGCUGCAGGAUGUUGUAGAGAGGUAGCAACAUCAUUCUAUGUGGUGUUUAUCAUCGUCAUAGUUUGGAUCUCCUUUGCAAUUUUAGCUGGAUUCUUUGUUACCAGGCCUGUAGCAAAUUGGCUAAAAAAUGUCAAAUCAAGCAGCCUGUGGUGUGUGAGAAAAUUGGGCCGUGCACUUUCAUUGAGCUUUCGUGGCCACAAAUCGAGCAAUGCAGAGCAGGACAAUUCUUACGCAAGCAAUCAUCAAUCUUCAGUCCGCUCAACCGAUGCACCUGCAGAAGAUAAUACUGCUGAACCACAACACCAGACUGCAGAGGAACUUCCAAAUAUCAGAGAGGAUGUCUCCUAUGAGGAGCAUGCACCUGCAGAAGAAAGAAAUCAUAUUUCAGAUGAUGAAGAGGCUGUGAAUAACUCACAACAUCUAUCAGGGAACAGCCAGCAAUCAGCAAAUAUCCAGGAUGUUGCGUCCAACACAGAGUGCCAGUCUCCAUUCCAGCAUGUUGCAGAAAUGGAUGAGGAUGUGUCCAGCUCACCACAUCCUGCUGGGAACUGUCAACGAUCAGAACAUGGCAUGGGUGUCGUGUCUAACAUGGAGUACGGGUCUACAGAAGGCAAGCAAGAUGCAAAUAUGGAGGCAGCUAAAUCUAGCACUGAGCAAGAGUAUGACCCAUUACUAAGCCACCAGCAAACUGAAAAUAGCAUGUGCGGUAUGUCAGCUAACCAGAAAGUUGCAAGUAUGGGGAAGCAAUCUUCACCUGAUGAUCCCGACAUAACUGCUCUUUCAGUUGAGCAAAAUAUGUCAGUCGGGCAGAGUAACGGAGACACUAGUCAUGGCAUAGUGGAUGAAGUGCUUUCUGCACCUGUGGAAACCACUCGCAAUGCGGACCGUGCUGAACAAAACAAUCUGGUUGGAGAUAAUAACCCUAGUGCUGAGAUUCUUGGCAGUGAUGACCAUCCUAUACAUUCUGAGAAUGUACAUACUGACAGCAAUCAAGUACCCAAUCAAAAUGCUGAUGACAUUUGA